GACGGACGGCCACCAGCGCCCCUUCCCCGAGCGCCGGCCUCCAACAAAAAAAAAACACACCAGCCGACGCGUGCACGCAGACGGUCCAGACGCCAGACGCCAGGCUCCAGGCAGACGCGGAUGGGCAGCCUCGCCGGCGGGGUCGGGGCCAGGCGGCCGCGGUUCCUGUGCCUGCACGGCUUCCGGACCAGCGGCGAGAUCAUGCGGAAGCAGGUGGUGGGGAAGUGGCCCGCCGAGGUCACGGCGCGCCUCGACCUCGUCUUCGCCGACGCGCCCUUCCCGGCCGAGGGCAAGUCCGACGUCCACGGCAUCUUCGAGCCGCCCUACUACGAGUGGUUCCAGUUCGACAAGGGAUUCACGGAGUACAGGAAUUUCGACAAAUGCCUGGCUUACAUCGAGGAGCUCAUGAUCAAAGAAGGGCCCUUUGAUGGACUAAUGGGUUUCUCCCAGGGCUCGAUUCUAUCUGGCGCACUUCCGGGGCUCCAAGAACAAGGAUUGGCCUUGACUAGAGUUCCUAAGAUCAAGUACCUCAUAAUCAUAGGCGGCGCCAAGUUCCGCUCACCCGCAAUAGCCGAUAAGGCCUACGCCAACAUGAUCAAAAUCCCCUCGCUUCACUUCCUCGGCGACAAUGACUUCCUUAAACCCCAUGGUGAACAGCUCAUAGAGUCAUUUGUGGAUCCAUUCAUUAUACGUCACCCAAAGGGCCACACGGUCCCAAGGCUCGUUGAUGAGACGAGUUUGGAAGUCAUGUCCCGUUUCCUUGACAAGAUGGAAAAGGAGAUAUCUGAACUUCCAUCCGUCAAGGCUGAGGCCGAGGCUGAAGCAGCCGCUGAUGUUGACGAAAAAGAAGUGUGCAUCUGAUACCACCUCAAGGAUUAGUGCCUGAAUACACAUCAAAUCCGUAUAUAGGCAAAUCACACGGCUGUGACCUCCUUAGUUUUGUGUUGUUGCAAGUGUGAUUAUUUAUUACUCCCUCCGUUCCUAAAUAUUUGUUUUUCUGGAGAUUUCAACAAGUGACUACA